AUGAACACCUUCUUCCUCUGCCUCCUGGCAGUCCUCUUCCAGGGCUGCCAGGCCCUUCCAAUCGGUGCCGACCAAACGGCACACACAUCGUCCGUGGCCUUCGGGCUUUCUAUUGGCCUAGGCCUCGGCCUAGGUGUCCCUGUGGCGGCGUGGGUCGUUAUAUGCCUGCGUCGCCACAUCCACCACCUCCAAAUCCGGCGCGACAGAAGACAAUGGCGCCAGGAAAUGGCGGUUGCUAUGCGGGCCCAGCUUGCCCAAGAAGAAGCAACCGUGGCUCGCAUACCGCGCUUCGGGGGGCGCCACAAGGAGGUUACCAAGCCUCCAAGCUGGUAA